AUGGUCGAUCCACUACUUUACAGGUUUUUUGCCAUAUUUUUGAGUUUCUUCUCGUUCGUUAUCAAAAUUAUAUUUAAGGAUGUCAAUUUCACAGCCGCUAAAGGAACCUUUAUUGCUGUGGUUGGAAAGGUUGGCUCGGGGAAAUCUAGUUUGUUAUCGGCACUUCUGGGCGAAAUGGGUAAAUUACGCGGUAGGAUAGGAAUGCACGGUAAAGUCGCCUAUGUUCCUCAACUACCAUGGAUUCAAAAUAUGACUGUGCGGGAUAAUAUUUUGUUUGGAAAACCCUAUGAUAAACGGAGGUAUAAUCAGGUACUUUCUGCUUGUGCUCUUAAACAAGACCUCAAAAUACUUACAAACGGAGACAUGACAGAAAUUGGUGAAAAGGGUAUCAACCUCUCCGGUGGCCAGAAAGCUCGAAUAUCGCUGGCUAGAGCUGUGUAUCAAGAUUUUGAUGUCUAUCUGCUUGAUGAUCCUCUAUCGGCUGUAGAUGCUCUUGUUGGUAGACAUACCUAUGAGAACGUAAGUGUUGAU